ACAGUUAUGGGCCACCGCCGGUGCACGGAGCUGCAGAAAGAGAGGGGCAUUCUCAGAUUUCCCGAUUUCUCCCAGCCGAGUCCGCUGUGCCGCUUCCACAUCACGGCAACAGCAAAACCGAGACGACGACGACGACAUGCACCCAGCGUGCCUCAACCGCACAUUCAUUUUAACCGGACUGUGUGCUCCCAAACCCACUUAGACCCAAAACGAGGUCAGGGGGAUCUAUCCUGAGGGAAUGCUGCUCCUGAGAUGACCUGCACGACCUGGCUUUUCUCAAGAGAUUAUUCUGCUAUCAAAAAGAGUGGAGGGAAAUCUAGCCAGGACAUGGUUGGCAGGCUCACAUGAUGGACAGGUGAUAGAGUCCUCCAUCAUCUUUCUUCUCCAGUGACUCGCCCCGCCAGCUCUCCUUCUGAGGCAGAAGUGUGCACCGGCAGUCCAAGGCCUUCUAUUUCUCGGCCAUGGUGACAUAAGCAGCGCUGCAACAUGAGGGAGAGCCAACGUGAGACCGUCUCAUUUCUUUCUCCGGUAGCUGCCGCAGCUGCUCCCUUAACACCGUUUUCGUUUUGCUGCAUAAAAAACGGACUUCUCUGUGAAUAGUCCACCGCUCGGCUCGCCGUUUCCUUGAGAGACUGUCCCCCAAGGCUUGUUGCCAGGCCUGCGGGGCGGAGCGGCGUGGCUCGAGACGAUGCUGGGAUGUGUGACGCGAGUCCGUCGGCUGGUCCGUCUCCUACCCCUGCAGACCUCCCUCCUCCUCCUCUUCCUCUUCUGCACUGUCAGCGUCUUUAUCUCCGCCUACUUCCUCUAUGGCGUCAAGCGGGAAUUGGAGCCAUCGUCGGGAAGUGGCAGCGUUUCUGGGGCAGAGGGAGCAUCCGCCGACUCGGACGACCUAAGGGUCACUCCGUCUCGGCUGCUGCCUCUGCGUGGUGUCUCAGGGGGCCCCGGGGUGGAUCCCGGAGGGGCCAGGACAGAUCCUGUGGUUCUGGUAUUUGUGGAGAGCCAGUAUUCUCAACUGGGGCAGGAGAUUGUGGCCAUCUUGGAGUCUGGCCGGUUCAGGUAUCGGACUGAGAUCUCUCCCGGUAAGGGGGACAUGCCCACACUGACAGACAAAGAGAGAGGGCGCUUCACACUGGUGAUUUAUGAGAAUAUUCUCAAAUAUGUUAACUUGGACGCCUGGAACCGAGAGCUCCUGGACAAAUACUGUGUGGAAUAUGGAGUGGGCAUCAUUGGCUUCUUCAAGGCCAAUGAAAACAGUCUGCUCAGUGCACAGCUCAAAGGCUUCCCUCUCUUCCUUCACUCUAACUUGGGUCUGAAGGACUGCACCGUCAAUCCAAAGUCCCCUCUACUCUUCAUCACUCGAUCCGGGCAGCCUCUGCCAGGUCCUCUCCCCGGGGAUGACUGGACCGUUUUCCAGUCCAACCACUCGACGUACGAGCCCGUGCUGCUGGCCAAGACCCAAUCGGCUGAGAGCGUCGCAUCCAUGGGGCAGAACGCUGCUCUGCUCCCGUCGGUGGUACAGGACUUGGGACUCCACGAUGGCAUCCAGAGGGUCCUGUUCGGCAACAACCUGGUCUUCUGGCUGCACAAGUUGGUGUUUGUGGACGCUGUGGCCUUUCUCACAGGGAAGAGGCUAUCUUUGUCUCUGGAGCGCUACCUCCUGGUGGACAUCGAUGACAUAUUUGUUGGCAAAGAGGGCACACGCAUGAAGGUGCCGGAUGUAAAGGCCCUGCUGGAGACACAAAGAGAGCUGCGCACGCAUGUGCCCAACUUCACCUUCAAUCUGGGCUUCUCAGGGAAAUUCUUUCACGCUGGGUCGGAUGAGGAGGACCUCGGGGAUGACCUGCUGCUCUCCUACGUGAAGGAGUUCUGGUGGUUUCCUCACAUGUGGAGCCACAUGCAGCCACAUCUCUUCCACAACCAGUCCGUGCUAGCGGAGCAGAUGUUGCUCAACAAGAAAUUUGCCAUGGAGCACGGGAUCCCCACCAACAUGGGCUAUGCGGUAGCACCCCACCACUCUGGCGUGUACCCGGUCCACAUGCAGCUGUAUGAUGCCUGGAAAAAGGUGUGGGGGAUCAAGGUGACCAGCACAGAGGAAUACCCACACCUGAAGCCUGCACGCUUUCGGCGAGGUUUCAUUCACAGCGGCAUUAGUGUACUGCCCCGGCAGACGUGUGGCCUCUUCACACACACCAUCUUCUACAAAGACUACCCAGGCAGCCCCAAUGAACUGGACAAGCUCAUCAACGGUGGAGAGCUCUUCCUCACUGUUCUGCUGAACCCUAUUAGUAUUUUCAUGACCCAUCUGUCCAACUACGGGAACGACCGCCUCGGCCUGUACACCUUUAAGAGCCUGAUGAUGUUUGUGCAGACGUGGACCAACCUGAAGAUGCAGACACUUCCACCUAUUCAGCUGGCUCAGAAAUACUUCAGCCUGUUCCCCUCUGAGAGAGAUCCCCUCUGGCAGGAUCCUUGUGAGGACAAAAGGCACAAGGACAUCUGGUCCAAAGAGAAAACAUGUGACCGCUUCCCCAAACUGCUUGUCAUCGGGCCUCAGAAGACAGGAACUACUGCUCUCUACCUGUUUCUUGGCAUGCACCCUGACCUUACCAGUAACUACCCUAGCAAAGAGACCUUUGAGGAGAUCCAGUUCUUCAAUGGACACAACUACCACAGAGGCAUCGACUGGUACAUGGAGUACUUCCCUUUGCCCUCCAACACCAGUUCAGACUACUACUUUGAGAAGAGUGCCAACUACUUUGACUCUGAGGUGGCUGCUCAGAGGGCGGCAGCUCUCCUGCCCAAAGCCAAGAUCAUCACCAUCCUAAUCAACCCAGCGGACAGAGCUUACUCUUGGUACCAGCACCAAAGAGCCCACGAUGACCCGGUGGCAUUAAAAUACUCCUUCCAUGACGUCAUCACAGCAGGCCACGACGCGCCAGUCAGACUACGGGUCCUUCAGAAUCGCUGUCUGGUUCCAGGCUGGUACGCCAUCCACCUAGAGCGCUGGCUCAACUACUACCACUCCAGCCAGUUGUUAGUCUUGGAUGGACAGAUGCUGAAGACUGAGCCUGCUUCUAUCAUGGAUAAAAUCCAGAAAUAUUUAGCCCUGGCCAACAUCAUCAACUACCACAAGAUCCUAGCGUUUGACCCUAAGAAAGGCUUCUGGUGCCAGCUGCUGGAGGGGGGAAAGACCAAGUGUUUGGGAAAGAGUAAAGGGCGCAGGUACCCUGACAUGGACACUGAGUCCCAGGGGUUCCUCAGGGAUUACUACAGGGAUCACAACAUUGAGCUGUCCAAGCUGCUCUACAGGAUGGGUCAGCCGCUGCCCAGCUGGCUCAGAGAGGAGCUGGUCCACACCAGGUAGCAGCACCACAGGGGGAGAUCAGAGCUCCACAUAGUGAAACCACUGCUCGGCCUGCUGGGAAACACAGACACGCUGAAGAUCCCAAACAGUUUAUACAGAGACUAGAACUCAAACUUAACUGUGAUCUUCCCAUAUGAAGAAGAUGUCAGUGGGUGGUAGUGUCCGCAGCUUGCCUAGGCUUUCAGAUGCUGUUGUUCCCCUGCAGGACAAACCAGGACCACAAUGAUGGCCUCCACUGUGUCCAGUGGAAGAAGGAAAAAGGCUCAGUGAUGCACAGGAGGGUCCCUCAGUGUUUGAUAAUCAGCCUUUGCUUUCCUUAAUAAAACCUCUUCUUUGCAUGGACUUUGCCGUGAAAAUCAAAGGAAUGUGGGGAAAAGGAGCUCAGAGAACGAGGUCCUCUGUUUGAGCUCUGCCGUUUGGAGAGCAUUUAAAAGAAGCAGCAUUUACAUUGACUACAUUGAAUGAAGCCUGAUUGAAAGAUGGACAUUGGUUUCAGAUGCCUUUUGAUUAAAGAAGAGAAGUGGUCAUCCGGAGUCUUGACUCAGGCUGCAUGUCGUAGCCUUACUCGAUAGGCCUUGGUAGAAUCUAGUUAUCGCAUUUACAAGUGCCAGGACAGAAUCUUCAUUAAAAUAUUACCACAUGGACAUAUUUUGAGGGUUCUUUUUUUAAAGUCUUGUUUUCUUUAUUCAGAUUUUGUUUUAACAUUUUUAUAAUGCUGAUGGCAAUGCAUUAAUGUAGAAUGUACCAAAACUAAACAUCUUAGCUCAGUUUUCUCAUAUAAGCAAAGGUGUACAGUAGACUGGUUUGUGAAAUGUUACCUGCUUGACCUCCUCUGCGGUCAGUUUCAUGACCAUUGAAUUUGCUAAAGCAGGAACAGUAAGAGAGAUGAUGAAAGCACAAUAUUUAAGGCACUCAAGCAAGCAUUAAUUCUGAACAAACAGGUUACUGGAAAGCACACUACCGAAAUGGCUCCUGCUACAAUCUGUGAAGAAGAUCAUAAGCUAGCUACUGUAUGUUAUCUAAACACUCUGGUCUGUGACAUUCAGAAAGUGUACAGAACAAGUUUGUGCAUUUCAAAUCUUUUUUCACCAUUGGGAUAUCUUUUUUUUUUUGUCAAACUGUAUAUUUUGUCUUAUAUUUCAUUUCAUUUCAGUUCCUAGUUGAGUUAUGGGGGUUAAAGGCUGUCUCUGGGAGGGAAAAAAGUCAGGAGGAAAACCAACAGAACGCUCAGAGAGACCAUACAGACGUCAAGGUGUUACCACUGCAACUAGAUGUCAAGCGUAGAUAACAAAAAGCUGCUCUUACUGCAAUAGUUUUGUACAAUGUUCUGAUGUAAUAACGAUGCACAUGUUGGUCCUCUUAUUUCCUGACUUUGUAAUGUACAUAAAAUGCAACCUUCAGUAGACCUAAAUUAUUGAAUGUGUUUGGGUCUACACUCUCUGUCAGCCCAUUCCCAUAGUGUGAAACGUCAGUGCUGUGCUGAGGGGAGUUUGGAUUCUUUCAUUGUGCGGAGGUGUGUCGCUAUGAUUGUUUUUCCUCUCACUGCCAACUAUUGUACGCAGGUAGUCUCUCCAUAUAAAGUAUUAAGUGAUAACACAUAACAGCAAUGAUGGUACUAAUCUCCUGGACUGUAUGAUAAAGAUUUGUAAUUGUUGUCAAUAAUUUUUACAGUGUAACUAAUAUUGUCGGUGCUUUUUAAUUUGCAAAUAAAACACCACUGUAUUUUUCAGUA